GCGCCACAGAGAGAAACAAGCGUGCGGAGCUGCGCUCAUUUCUCCUCACCGUGGGCUGAAGACACGCACUCUGUGGAAGGUGGAAGUAACUUUUAUCUUCCAGGAAAGAGUUCGAAACCACCCGGGACAUCCAUCUGGUCAAAAGUGUCACGGUGAACGAUAACCAUGUCGGCCUCAUCGGCGAAAGUCAGUAGGAAGGAGAAUUCAAACCAUGACGGAGCGGACGAGACCUCCGAAAAAGAACAACAGGAAGCAAUUGAACACAUCGAUGAAGUACAGAAUGAAAUUGACAGACUGAACGAACAGGCAAGUGAAGAAAUUUUAAAAGUAGAGCAGAAGUACAACAAAUUACGCCAGCCAUUCUUCCAGAAGCGAUCAGAACUCAUAGCCAAAAUCCCCAACUUCUGGGUCACAACAUUCGUCAACCAUCCACAAGUUUCAGCACUUCUGGGGGAGGAGGACGAGGAAGCGCUUCAUUACCUGUCGAGGGUGGAAGUCACAGAGUUCGAGGAUAUCAAGUCUGGAUAUAGAAUAGAUUUUUACUUUGAUGAGAAUCCGUACUUUGAGAACAAAGCCCUCUCAAAAGAGUUUAAUGUGAACGAGAGCGGAGAUCCUGUUUCCAAAUCAACCGAAAUCAAAUGGAAGGCUGGAAAGGACCUGACAAAGCGUACAGGCCAGACGCCAAACAAAGCAGGGAAGAAAAGGCAGCACGAGGAGCCCGAGAGCUUCUUCACCUGGUUCACCGACCACUCAGACGCAGGAGCCGACGAGCUGGGAGAAGUGAUCAAGGACGACAUCUGGCCUAACCCGCUUCAGUACUACUUGGUCCCUGACAUGGAGGAUGAGGAAGGUGAUGGCGAUGAUGACGACGAUGAGGAGGAGGGUCUGGAAGAUAUCGACGAGGGGGAGGAAGAGGAAGGUGAAGAUGAAGAUGAGGAUGGAGAUGGAGAGGACGGAGAGGAUGAUGGUGAGGACGAUUAAAUGUUUCGGCCAACACCUUUCCCCCAGUCCUUCUGUGAUCAUCCUAUAACCCACGGGAGCAAAAUAUUUAGUUUGUUUUGGGGGUGGGGGGUUUGUAAAAAAAAAAAAAAAAAAAUCCUGUGUGUCGUCAGCGUGUCCGUCCUCUUCCUCUGCAGCCACGGCCUGUCCACAACGCCAUGUCUAAAACCCCCUUCAUACUCAGCAGGUCUACAUUGGGUGCGGUUGGGUGGGGGUGUUGCUCUCGAAGUCUCACCUUGUCAUUGUUUCUCUACAUCUCCCAAAGACAUGCAAAAGAAUAAAAAAAAUUUGUAGCA